AGAGCGCACAGACUGACGGUAGCUGGCAGCGGAGCAUCCGAGCAUCCCAUAACCUUGCUUCCCUCAGUGUAGCGGAUUGCCGUGAUACUGAAGCACUGUCUGCAAUGUCUCCUGCACGGGCACGAGCUCUUCUCGGGCUCCUGGUCACACUCUGCACCCAGAGCCCACUACUGUCGGGUUCUAAGCCACUGCCGCCACGCAAUGUGAAGCUGACCUCGGUGGAUAAGGGGUUAAAGGUCACGUGGGAUCCACCCAGUGAGCUGGAUGGACAGCCUGUUGACAGCUACAGCAUCGGCUAUGGGAAGUCCAUGAAAUCACUGCGCUUCGUCACUGUCGACAAGGACAGACGGUCAGAGUUACUAGAGGACGUAGAGCCUGGAGUCCUGCAUUUUCUCAAGAUGAGUGCAGAGAAUAAGGAUGGGAUGAGUAAACCUGUCUACAGGGCAGAGACUCCAGGAGGUGUGUGCUUGUCUGUGUGUGUGGAUAGAGACAUGCAUGUUUCUCUAUGACUCUCUAUUUUCUUCACUGUUGUAC